AUGCCAGACACAGAUAGGAUCCCUUUCCCAGUCCCGGAGAGGUUUACUUCUCUGAUGCAACCAAGCCGGCGUCAAGCCUUACUUAGCUAUCAGGAGAGAUCAGUCAGCAAUUCGUCAAGGCUUUCUCAGAUUUCUCAAGAAUUGUUGCGCUCACGUACGUCGGAUUUCCUUGACGCUAAGAUAUCUGCACUCGAAGAUGAGCAAGAAUACAUCAGCUGCUUCCGAGAUGGCCUUGAUGAGAUUUCGUCUUCAGGGCUACUCAGCAGUAGUGCUUUCCAGAAAGAGAUCCGUCCUAUUUUGACAAAAUUCCGAGCUACGUCGCAAACACUUGAUGUCCUCAAGCGCCAACGGACAUUAAUUGAGGAAGAUUUGCAAGAAGAAGUGGACUCCAAGCGCAAGAGGACCAUCGGACCCUUGGACAACGGGCUUAUCACAAGAGCAUAUGUGGAUACAAUUCUCCCACGCGUUAUGGGCGCUGCAAAGACCCGCAAACGGCCCUUCGACCAGAGCAAAUUCAAGAAGGAAGUCAAUAAAUACUAUGGCUUGACAACUGCGUCUGUGACGGGAUCAUCUUUUGUCACGUUCUCGGAUUUUACCUGCCCGCCUCCCCACCUGGUACCGAAGACUUUGAGCCAAGCAGAGGUGUCCCAUAUCUUCGGAGUUCAGGAAGGUGUGCUCUCUGACCCACGCAAUGCACUGUCAUUAUACAAUCCCGUUGAAUCCCUGCUCGACCAAGGAGUAAUUGCUGUCGUUCCAAUUCCUGGCGCGAUGACCGAGCCGACUACGUGGAGAUGUGUUGUGUUGGAUGAGUCGAAGAAUGAGAACCUUGUUUACAAGAGAGAGUCGGGAGAAUUGAUCAAGGUCAAGCACCUCGAUGGCCGCAGUUUGACUUUUCUUUCUGAGAAGCGCCCUCGGCGACGAUAUCUCUAUUUCCGUUUCUUGAUCUCCUAUCUCCACGCGAAGCGACUGGAUCUCAAGGAUACAGCGGAAAAGGUUGAGGCUCGAAGAUUCUGGCCGUCCAGCGGUGAAUAUUUGAACAAGUCCACCCUCAAAACCCUUGCACGAUGCGUCUCUGGAUGUGAGCUCCCUGAUGAGUUUGUUAUGAACAAGACCUUUGAGGAUUCAUCCGAUGAGCCUCGCAACCGAAAGGCGGGUAUCAUUCUUGGGGCCGAUAUCCAAGAUCAUGAUGAACGUGAUACGUUGAUUGACAGCUUGAAGGAGCUCUGA